AGCAGUCGUCCUGAUACUGUUCAUGUACUGAAGUAUGCUAUACCAUUGAGAGGAUUACUGGAGCCAAUGAAAAUCAAAAUUAACAGAUCAUUAAAGGAAUUAUUAGCUUAUUCUGUUGGUACUAAGGAUGGUCCUAAUCCACAAAAUGAUAUCAAGAAGCACCUGAAUGAUCUGAAACAUUUCCUUUCAACUUCAGAAGCAAUGUUUUGUGACAAAGCUAAUGGUUGUAAGGAGGAACGAGUUAUUAAUACUUCUCAGUAUAAUGAGUUAUUUGACAGGAUGAAUCGCCAGUCUUUAUCAGAAAGAGUAGACCUUUUUAUUAGAAAAAUUGCAUUUUUGCUUGAACUUUGUCCAGAUCAAUUUAGUAAAUUUCUGUCAAUACUGAAUAUCCAGGAAGACAUUGCUCUUUCUACAUUAGCUGGCAGGAUUGCUGCUUCAUUAGAAAGAAGACAAUGACUGUAGGAGCAGAGACAUUGAACAAUUCUUCUUGAUAAUAAUGCACUUUUUAUUUACUUGUAUAAUGUGUGUGCUUAAAUGAAGUUUAAUUUUUAAACAAGGCAAUAAUUA